UUUCCUUCACAUAUUUGUAGAUUUCUGCAAUUCUUCUUUCUUACAUAGAAAUUAAGAAGGAAAUAGAUUAUUAAGAAUAAUAUUUGAUAUAUAUAUAUAUAUAUUAUCAGUGUGAGAUGGAUCAGAUAUUGAGCAGCAAUAAUAAUAAUAAUAUGAGCAGCAUAAGCAUGGUGGAGUCAAAGUUGCCAGCAGGAUUCAGAUUCCAUCCAAGAGAUGAAGAGCUCGUUUGUGAUUAUCUCUUCAACAAAAUUCUUAAUCUCUCUUGCGAUCACUCUGCAAAUGGCCAUCAAUAUUAUUCCUCUCUUUUCAUUCACGUUGACCUCAACAAGUCUGAACCUUGGGAAAUUCCAGGAAGUGCGUGUGUGGGAGGGAAGGAUUGGUACUUUUACAGCCAAAGGGAUCGAAAGUAUGCAACAGGGCUACGUACAAAUCGAGCAACGGCAUCGGGCUAUUGGAAGGCUACCGGAAAAGAUAGGCCCGUCCUCCGCAAGGGCGGUGGCGGGGCCCUUGUUGGGAUGAGAAAGACCUUGGUGUUUUACCAAGGCAGGGCUCCUAAAGGAAGGAAAACCGAUUGGGUUAUGCAUGAAUUCAGGCUUGAAGGUUCUCUUGUUACUAAACUUUCUUCUUUUAAGCAGGAAGAUUGGGUAUUGUGUAGAGUGUUCUACAAAAGCAGAGAAGAGGGCGGUGCGUCAGCUUCAAAAUUGGCGAGCAGCGAUGUGAUGGGAUUGGGAAUGAAAUCGAAUUCUCUCCCCGCAUUGAUGGAUGCUUACAUAAGCUUUGAUCAGCCUACGCCUCCUCCUAUGCCUCCUAUGCCUCACGAAACCCCCGAUCAUCACCAUCAGCAAGUGCCCUGCCUCUCCCACAACAUCAAUUUGCCACAAAAUUACCAUGACCUGAUUUUGUCAAACUUGCCCGCGAAGACAGGUACUAGUACUCGUGCAGAAGCAGCCACGCUCGGUGUGCCAAACUUGGUUGAUUUAGACCCUUUUUCUUUUUCACGCGCUGACAAUGAGCUGCUCUUAAAAGCCAUUCUUAAUCAGCUCACCACUCCCGAUUUCAAAGGAUCGGGCUCGCCCGUAACCCUAAGCAUCGGAGAAGGAACUUCAGAGAGUUACAACCUCUCCGAGACCGAGGUGGGCAUGCCCAACGUUUGGGCCCACUAUUGAUACAUAAACCACGAAUACAACAUUUUUCCAUAAUUUGUUUGCUAGUUUUAUGUAACAAGUUUGUGGGAUUGAUGUUGACAUGUUGAUCAACAUAAAGAGAUAUAACAUGCAGUUUGUAAAUAUGUUUAUUUUAAUUAAUGAUGACGUAGGAACUUCAUUUCUAGUUCAAUAUUGAUCAAGAACAAGAACAUG